AUGAUGUGCGGUGGCCUUCAGCCUCCGCCAGGGUUUUCCAGUCAAGCCAAUGACAGUGACCUCAAAGACCUCGGUAGCACCUUAGUCCCGAUGCAGCAGACGCGCUCCUUCGACUGGGCGCUGUGCUGGGACCCAUGUGGACUUGCCACCGAAUGUGCCAUCGAAGGGCUCCUAGAUCAACUGCAGGAGGCGCAGCUCUCGCCGUUCGCGCUGUUCUGCAUCAAGAUGUCCUCUUGGGAAGAGGGCUCGGAGCUGAAGGCCUUGAAGGUCGUCUUCGGCAUGGCGAAGCAGCUCCAUGAGACGAUCCCACCUUUGCCCUUCAAGCUGGGUGUCCGCAAGCCCUCCGACCUCGGGGCCAUCGGGAGCCAAGGGCCCAACGUGCCCCUGAAGAUCCCCUUGCCUGUGGGGAUCGAUCGCUCGAGCCCCGCGGACUACGAGGACUUCAGGGACCUUGUGGACCUCGUGGACGGCAAGUGCAAGGACUACGUGGGUCGUGUGUGCCAAGCAGAGCCCAUGGACCACCUUCGUAUGGACUUCACGGAGUACAUCGACUAUGGGGAUUUCGUCAGGUCCAUCUCCUUCGACAUCCCCGAUGCCCCUCUCAGCGGCUGUGGGAGCUACGGUGCUGGGAGUUGCAGUGGAGCACCUCACCAGCACCGCUUCCACGCCCGUGGAAAGGCCGAGAUCUUUGCGGAAGACAGGCGGUCCUUCCUCAAGAAGCAGAAGGGCCGACUGUCCCUGGUGUCGGAAGAUCGCGUGCACAAGCAAGGCGUGGAGAGGUACCAAGUUUCGUUUCUCUCCGGGGAGCUGAGCCGAGCAGAUGGUGUUGGCAUCAUCUUCUCGCAGAGCUUGCCCAAGACUUCCGACAUCCAGCAGAUCGUCUCUCUGUUCCUCAACCGCACGGGACGCCUGUGCAGCCGAGUGAACCAGCGCGUAACACGCAUUGCCUCAACGUUGCCCCAGAUCGAGUUGGGAGACGUCAUAGAGGUCGAGAACGACAUCGACAUGCGAUGCGCGAGGUUUACGAUUUGGUCUGCCCGUGGCGCAGAUCCCUCCACGGCCACGGUCAGCUACGGACAGGUGGCUGAUCAACUCACCUCCGUUCAAGGACAACCCAUUCCUGGCCACCUGGCCGUGGUGGUGAAGCACCCGGGCGUUUCGGUUUCUUUCCUGAGCUGA